AUGUCAGGUCAGCGGCGGCUCUCUAUUAUACGGUGCAGCUUUCACGACGAUUGCAUUGACAUUGUGAACCGGCAGAUUAAAUUCGAGUAUGUCGUGUCCUGCAUAUAUAGGUCGAUGUCCAUAUACUUCAGGCGAAGAGAAUUGAGAAUGAAUCAUUUGGCAGAUUUCUUCAAUGAUCUGUCAGUAAAAGAGAAAGAACAAGCUGAUUGGUUCUUUCACUUGCAGUUAAAUCGACGGGCAGAAGUCAACCCCCCAAAGAAAUUGAGGCCCCGAAAGUAUAAAUGGGGAGAUGGUCUAAAUGCUAUGAAGUGCGCUCUUGUACUGGAAAAACACGUUUAUUGGCGCCUUUCACGCAUUUUUAAGCUGGCCACCGAGCGAAAUGAUCACCAACUCUGCAGGUAUCUCCAAAAUUACUACUUGUUUCCGCAAAUGCAGUCUGUCAAAGAGGUGGCGAACUACGUAGCCUGUCUGCGCCAACUGCCAACAAUGGAACCCGUUGUGGUAAACAACUACUUUUUAGAGCUCUUGAUUGAGAGCAAGAAGGAAUGA